AGGGACGCCGGAGCGGGAUCCGAGUUCGGACCGGGACCAGGGGCUCGGGCCACAGGGCCGGGGGCUCGGGCCGGAGCAGGGCCUGGGCACGGGCUGUGGGAUCGGGGCCGGAGCGGGACCCGCUCCCCGCAGGCCCCGGGCGCGCUCGGUGCCGGGACAGGCCCUGCCCGGCCGCGGUGCGCGGCACGGGCCGAGCUGCCGGCACCAGAGCUCGGGGCCGCUUCGCACGGCUGGCUGCACUGCGCUUCUCUGCCCGCAGUUCCCCUGCGGUCCCGGCACUGGCUGCCCUGCCAGGCUCAGGAGCCAAAGCGCUGCCCCGGCUGGCGUUACCGGGCGGGAGAACGCGCCUGGCCCGGCCGGGGGCUCCUUGCGCCCCUGCAGCAGCGGGGCUGUGGUCAGCCGGGGCUCAGCUGCGGCUCACCAGCCCGAGCCUGCUGAUCGUCUCUCAUUGCACACUGUAGGCUUGUGUGUGGUUGAACCUUCACGUUCCUCCCGAAUGCAUUCUGAUGCUGAGGACAGCAGUGAUGACAUUGAAGAUGUGUCUCUCUUUGAUGCAGAUGAUGAUGUAUCCAGGAGAUCCAAAAAGUCAAAAAUAAGGCACCCAGUGGCAUCAUUUUUCCACUUAUUCUUCCGAGUCAGUGCCAUUGUUGUUUACCUGCUCUGUGAGCUCUUAACCAGCAGCUUCAUUGCCUGCAUGGUGACCAUCAUCCUCCUCCUGUCCUGUGACUUCUGGGCUGUAAAGAACGUCACAGGGCGCCUCAUGGUUGGCCUUCGCUGGUGGAACCAGGUGGAUGAUGAUGGCAGGAGUCACUGGGUGUUUGAGGCCAGGAAGGUGUCAGCACAAGGGGGUAAAACCUCAUCAGAAGCAGAGUCCCGAAUUUUCUGGCUGGGCCUGAUCACCUGCCCUAUGAUCUGGGUGAUCUUUGCCUUCAGUGCUCUCUUCUCUUUCAAAGUGAAGUGGUUGGCAGUGGUGGUGAUGGGGGUGGUGCUGCAGGGAGCCAACCUCUAUGGCUACGUCAGGUGUAAGGUUGGCAGCAGGAAGAACCUGACCAGCAUGGCAACCAGCUACCUGGGGAAGCAGUUCCUGCGGCAGACCGUGGCUACAGAGGACCAAGCAGCAUCCUGAGUGUGGUGGGAGCUCCAGCCAGGCUGCAUUCCCAGCAGUGACCAACGGAGAAGUUGCUCUGAGCAAUUUGGGAGCUGCACACAAGGUGUGAAUCAAAAGAAGUAAAUAAAUUGUGCAAGACUUGA